CGUUGGACCGGACUUCAAACAGACGCACGAUUCCAAAGCCGGCCUGCGCUCACCCUUUGCACGUACCAAGCCAUCCUAUAUGAAAAUCACACACACAAGCCUUGGUACUAGAACUGCAACUACUAGCUAGUCUGAAUCGAUUGCUGCACAGUAGAAGUGAGGCCAUUGGAGCGAGCAGCUAGCAGAUACACUUUUGCAACGAUGAUCAAGCUGAGGUACUCCAAGAGGCUCUUCAAGAGGAGCUUCUCAUCGAAGCAGGCGAGUGCUUGCGGCGGAGGCGAUGGCAAUGCGGCCAGUGCUGGCGUCGGCGGCGGUGCCGGGGAGAUAGAGUGGGAGGUGAGGCCUGGAGGGAUGCUGGUGCAGAAGAGGGAGAGGCGGGGCGACGAGGAGGUGAUCGUGGUGAGGGUGUCCACCGGCUUCUCCUGGCAUGAUGUGUCCAUUGGCGCCACCUCCACUUUUGGGGAGCUGAAGGUGUUGCUGUCCAUGGUGACAGGGCUGGAGCCCCGGGAGCAGCGGCUGCUGUUCAGGGGCAAGGAGAGGGACGACACCGACCACCUCCACAUGGUUGGGGUGAGGGACAAGGACAAGGUCCUGCUCCUCGAGGACCCAGCCCUCAAGGACAUGAAGCUCCGGGCCCUCGCGGCCCGAGUCGUGUGGAGCUCGUGCCAACCUUUUAUCCAAGUGUAGCCUAGCCUGGUCUGGUGUGGCCUGCUAUCGUGCUAACUAUUACUACUAUAUUUGUUAGAUUAUAAAUUGUGCUAUUUAGUCUCACGCGAAGGCUUAAUUUGGAAGGAUUUAUAUGUCCAGAAUCGGAGGGGUUUGUUCUGUAAUCCCCACGUAGUUCACUGUUAGCGCCACUCCAUGGAAGGGCUAAGGGUCACUGAAAUGAGAGUGAGAGAGCCUUUUAAUCAUGUAGUUAGUUGCAAGUGUCAGCUAUGGUGGUUGUGCUGCCAUGUUAAGCCUGGUGUUGGGCUUUUUUAUGGUCCCUACUACUUUGGUCAAUUCUAUCUCAUUCCUACAUGGGUUAUGGAUAGGAAUGAGAAGAUUGUAUGUAUCCUGUGUUCCUGUUCCCAUGAAUGAAACUAAA